CAAGAUGAGCAUGACAGAUAUCCUCUCCCCUAAGGACAUCGAAGCAGCUCUGUCCAGCUGCAAAGCUGCUGGCAGCUUUGACUACAAGACCUUCUUCUCCAAGGUUGGCUUAUCUCGCAAGACUCCUGACCAGAUCAAGAAAGUUUUCAGUAUCCUCGACCGGGACAAAAGUGGCUACGUAGAAGAAGAUGAGCUUCAGAAAUUCCUGCAAAACUUUGCCCCCGAUGCCCGAACUCUGACACCUGAUGAGACCAAGAGUUUUCUCACAGCUGGAGAUUCUGAUGGUGAUGGCAAAAUUGGAGUGGAUGAAUUCCAAAGUAUGACGAAGUCAUAAAUGGCAUUAGACCAAAAGGCAACAUAUGGACUGACUUCAGAUUUUCUUCCAGUAAGCACCUCCUUGGCACA